GGCUUUUUUUUUUGCCUCCGACAAAGCUGGGCGAUCAGAUCGGUUGCAUAAUAGAAAUUGGGAAGGCUGUCUGGCAGGCAGCCUUAAGCAGAGAAGAGCUAUCUCAAUUUCUCUCACUUAAUCUUGGCUUCGCGUCAGAAGCUGUGCAGCAGUGCAGUAGAAUGGGAGCUCGGCAAAAGCUCCGCCAGUGAAACGCGGGCGCUCGCUAUGUGGCGGUACCUCAGCGAUCUCUCCAGCUGGAUUACCUAUUGAUUUUCCUCCUUUCUCGCCUCCCAGGUUUACUCGGCUGGACACCGUGUGUGUUUGGAUUUCUCAAGGAUUCUCCCCCGACUAACAUGGAUGUCCCACCAUUCCUUGCAGUUGAAGGUUGCUCCUUGGCGCAGUGAAUGAAGAACAUGCAGGGAUUGCUAAUGGGUUUGGGAAGCGUAGACUCUCUGCUCUCUCUGUGACCAUGCCGUGAUCGUGUCUGAGGGCCAUCAGUUUACGUAUCCUCAUUCUCACCCUACCGGGAAACCUGACGGCUUAGAAGGGGGAAGUAAGGCAGCGCGUGUGUGCAUAGAAACAUCAUGAAGAUUAUUUCCCAUAUUGUAACUAAUUCAGUCUUCAGAUGCACCAUUAGACUCCUUCUUUGCUUACUGUGGAUUGGAUAUUCUCAAGGAACCACACAUGUAUUAAGAUUUGGAGGCAUUUUUGAGUGUGUGGAAUCUGGUCCAAUGGGAGCAGAAGAAUUAGCCUUCAGAUUUGCUGUGAACACAAUCAACAGAAACAGAACUCUUCUGCCAAACACCACAUUAACAUAUGACACACAAAAGAUAAAUCUCUAUGACAGUUUUGAAGCAUCCAAAAAAGCCUGCGAUCAGCUGUCCCUUGGGGUGGCAGCCAUCUUCGGACCAUCGCACAGCUCCUCAGCUAACGCCGUGCAAUCCAUCUGCAACGCCUUGGGAGUUCCACACAUCCAGACCCGCUGGAAGCAUCAGGUGUCAGACAACAAGGACUCCUUCUAUGUCAGCCUCUACCCGGAUUUCUCGUCACUCAGCCGUGCCAUCCUUGACCUUGUGCAGUUCUUCAAGUGGAAAACAGUUACUGUUGUUUACGAUGACAGCACUGGUCUCAUUCGAUUACAAGAGCUCAUCAAGGCUCCAUCACGAUACAAUCUAAGACUAAAAAUCCGUCAGUUACCGGCUGACACAAAAGAUGCAAAGCCAUUGCUAAAGGAGAUGAAAAGAGGCAAAGAAUUCCAUGUAAUCUUUGACUGUAGCCAUGAAAUGGCAGCAGGCAUCUUGAAACAGGCUUUAGCUAUGGGGAUGAUGACAGAAUACUAUCACUAUAUCUUUACCACACUGGACCUGUUUGCCUUGGAUGUGGAACCCUAUCGGUACAGCGGUGUAAAUAUGACUGGAUUCAGAAUUCUAAACACAGAAAAUACCCAGGUGUCAUCUAUCAUUGAGAAGUGGUCUAUGGAGCGCUUGCAAGCACCACCGAAGCCUGAUUCAGGUUUGCUGGAUGGAUUUAUGACGACGGACGCAGCGCUGAUGUACGAUGCGGUGCACGUGGUGUCAGUGGCGGUCCAGCAGUUCCCACAGAUGACCGUCAGCUCCUUGCAGUGCAACCGCCACAAGCCGUGGCGCUUUGGGACACGCUUCAUGAGCCUCAUCAAGGAGGCCCACUGGGAAGGCCUCACAGGCAGGAUAACAUUCAACAAAACAAAUGGCUUAAGGACAGAUUUUGAUUUGGAUGUCAUCAGCCUCAAGGAAGAAGGUCUUGAAAAGGUUGGAACUUGGGAUCCAUUGAGCGGCCUUAACAUGACAGAGAAUCAAAAAGGAAAACCAGCAAACAUCACAGAUUCCCUGUCCAAUCGCUCUUUAAUUGUCACUACCAUUUUGGAAGAGCCAUAUGUUAUGUUCAAGAAGUCUGACAAACCCUUGUAUGGAAAUGAUCGUUUUGAAGGUUAUUGCAUUGACCUCCUCAGGGAGCUGUCUACUAUCCUUGGAUUUUCCUAUGAGAUUAGACUGGUGGAAGAUGGAAAAUAUGGAGCCCAAGAAGAUGCCAGUGGACAGUGGAAUGGAAUGGUUCGUGAAUUAAUUGAUCACAAAGCUGACCUUGCAGUUGCACCAUUGGCAAUUACCUAUGUUCGUGAGAAGGUCAUCGACUUUUCCAAGCCCUUUAUGACUCUUGGAAUAAGUAUUUUGUACCGCAAGCCCAAUGGUACAAACCCGGGCGUCUUCUCCUUCCUGAAUCCUCUCUCCCCUGAUAUCUGGAUGUAUAUUCUGCUGGCUUACUUGGGUGUCAGUUGUGUGCUCUUUGUCAUAGCCAGGUUUAGCCCCUAUGAGUGGUAUAAUCCACAUCCUUGCAACCCUGAUUCAGACGUGGUGGAAAACAAUUUUACCUUACUAAAUAGUUUCUGGUUUGGAGUUGGAGCUCUCAUGCAGCAAGUGGAACGUAUGGAAUCCCCUAUUGAUUCUGCUGACGACUUGGCCAAGCAGACAAAGAUAGAGUAUGGGGCAGUUGAAGAUGGAGCAACCAUGACUUUUUUCAAGAAAUCCAAAAUCUCCACUUAUGACAAGAUGUGGGCCUUCAUGAGCAGCAGGAGGCAGUCAGUACUUGUCAAAAGUAAUGAAGAAGGUAUCCAACGCGUGCUUACCUCUGAUUAUGCAUUUCUAAUGGAGUCGACAACCAUUGAGUUUGUCACACAGAGGAACUGUAACCUAACACAGAUUGGAGGCCUGAUAGACUCCAAAGGUUACGGCGUUGGAACUCCCAUGGGUUCUCCAUAUAGAGAUAAGAUCACUAUAGCAAUUCUUCAGCUGCAGGAAGAAGGCAAGCUCCACAUGAUGAAAGAGAAAUGGUGGAGAGGCAAUGGUUGCCCAGAAGAGGAAAGCAAAGAGGCCAGUGCUUUGGGAGUUCAGAAUAUUGGAGGAAUCUUCAUCGUGCUGGCAGCAGGAUUGGUGCUUUCUGUCUUUGUGGCAGUUGGGGAGUUUUUGUAUAAAUCAAAAAAAAAUGCCCAGUUGGAAAAGAGGUCCUUCUGUAGUGCCAUGGUAGAAGAGCUAAGGAUGUCUCUGAAGUGUCAGCGUCGAUUAAAACACAAGCCACAGGCCCCUGUUAUUGUGAAAACAGAAGAAGUUAUCAACAUGCACACAUUUAACGACAGAAGGUUGCCAGGCAAAGAAACCAUGGCAUAGAGCUGGGAAGCCAAAUAACCCAAGCACAAACUGUCGUCUUUUUUCCAAACAACCUUGCGAGAAUGUUUCCUGUGGAAAUAUGCAACAAGUGCAAAAUAAAAUGAGUUACCUCAUGCCGCUGUGUCUAUGAACUAGAGACUCUGUGAUCUCAGCAGUUGCAAUGGCCAGACUCGAAUCACAAGCAUCAUGGAUCAACCAAGUUAUGCAGGGUUACACUGUUUGUCAUGGGUUUUCACCAUUCUGAAUGAAUGAAUGUUCCAUGUGAGUUUUGUGGCUGGUUUCAAAUGCAGUCUCAGUGAGAAGUUACAGGUUCCUUUUGAAGUUCAACAGUUGCCAGAAAAGGGAGAAUAAAUGCCCAAGAUGAUACAAACCACAGACGGAGUCUAGUAAAAGUAAAGUCUCAGAACUGUAGUGGAACAAGAAACCAUAUGUUCUUCUGAACUUCCCAGCACAGAAAAGUUGGUAACUGCUGGUAGACUGAAACUACCAACUGGACAAGGAGAUGGAUCUUCCUGGAUGGAAGAAAUGUUAAAAGUGAAGAAACAUGAAUCCCAUGAAUAGAAGAAUAAAUAUGAGGAUGCUCACCUGCUUUUUUUUUUUAAUUGUUUGUGACACUGAACUAAGUAAAUAAAUAAUAAUUACAAAAAAAAAAUAAUUAGCUGGGUUGGAACUUUGAUCUAAAAAACCAACAAAAAUAUUUCCAGAAUUUUGACCCAAUUUUUAGAGGAAUGAAACCUUCCUUAGUACAAAGGAAUGUAUCUUACAAACUUUAGAUAUAAGCAAUUGAUUUUCUUUUCUAUAAUUGUGAAAAGAGGGAGGGGGUGGGAAGCAGUGCAUUUCACACAUAGAGGGCUUGCAUUUUAGCCUGAAUGGGUUUUGAAACACUUGUUCCUGCUACUAAUUGAAUUCAAUGGAGCCUGUGCGAUUCUCGCUAAUGUUGGAAGAGGGAUGGGUCACCUAAAAGAAGUGAAUGUCAAGAACUCAAAGGAGGACUGCAUUUUUCAAUACAGUCACAGUACUAAAUGAACAAUAUUCUUGAGCAGUUUUUUUUUUUCCAAAAAAAAAAAAAUGUUCAGGUUUAUUUGUGGAAAUGCAAGAUUUCUAUGAAAAUAGUUUUUGUAUGGAAAUUUUUGUAAUACUUUUUAUCAACAAAAUAAGAACAUGUGUUUCCGUCAGGGGUGUGAUGCCAAGCAUGAGUGGUAGUGUGUGUGCACCACCAACGUUUGGUGAAAACUAUUUUUAUCAUGAAAAAGGAAUCUUAGAAGAGACAUAUUUUCAAGUUAUAUAAUAUAAAAAAAUAGGUGCACUACCACCUCUGCUUACCAUGCUACACCCCUGGUUUCCACUAAGCUGAUAACAUGUUGUCAUAAACAAUUGUGUGUAAAUGGUAAAAGACACAGACCUCUUGACCACAUUGUGAUAGAAGUUAAUAUGCACUCAGUUUGCUGUUUGAAUCCAAUGCACAAAAUUAAAAAAAAAAAAAGAAAAAAAAGAAAGCAUUAAAUUUAUGUCAGUUUUAGUUGGUUUGGUUUUGCUGCGUGAUUUGAGCAACAUAUGUGCAGUACUUUGUGUCAGUACUGGUACUUAGCUUCAGCUUAGUGCCCUAUCCUGAUGAUUCUUGCCACUAAAUUUGUGAUGAGAGAAUUUGCUGGGAUUUCUGACAGAAGCCAUUACAUCACAUUUUGAUAAUUGCAGGAUUUGGCUCUUAGCUGCUUCAAAGCUAACUUAUAUGUCCUGACUAUGGUGAGUUCCUGGACAUAACAUUUUUAAAUACUGCCCUAAAGAUGCUGAAUCUUGCACCUCUGUCUACUGUAAAUUUAUUUGUAUCUCAACAAGAAAUGUAUAGUAUGGACUAUGUAGAAAUGUUAUGCCAACCAAAAAAGAUUAUUUAGAUGGUCUUUACAUGGAAAAAAAUUUUACUUUAACUCCCCAAAACAUUAAAAUACCCCCCCCCAAUCAUUGAAGUAGUCAUAGAUAAUAAGUCAUCGGUGAGUAAAGAUGAUGGCACAGAAAUAUAUAAUCCAAACUGUAGAAAUUAUAUAAUGAAAUUUGGGGGUAAAUGGGAGGUUUGUGUCUACUACCCAGUUAUCAUAAAUCUUCAUAGAGAUUGAGCUGGCCAUUUCCAUUGUGAGCAGGGACUGAGAAAGCAAAUUCUCUUAUAUUUGUGAGUUUCAUCCCCAUUCAUGUGAUAACAAAGAACAGGUUAUCUUUGUCUGAAGUAUAAAGAAAAUAAAAACACUUUAAGCAAUUUUUCUGGAAAUGAGUAAACAUACAUAAUUUAUAUUUAAGUUAAAUCUUUGCAACACAGAGGGGAAAAGAGUAACUGUCAUAACACAAUGAAAACUCCUAAUUAUGAUGGCUUGAAAUGGAAAAAAUUGGCUAUUGCAUUUGAUUGAUGAUUUACAAUAAAAUUUGUAAAAUCA